GCGCGGUGCGUUCACGAGCGUCCGCUCUGCGCAGCGGCUGCACAGCCCCUCCACGCAGCUACAGGAGAGAGUUGUUUUCAUUGGAGAUUGGAAGAAUUUUUUUCUCACAAGGACAGGAAAAUAGCUUUAUUUAUGAUACCGUAACGUUUGUCGAGGCGGAUACGCAGAAGCUGCACUGCGCGACAACGGCGCAUAAUUGACACACUUGAGUCCUAGCCGGCAUGAGCCGGAAGUGUUCUGACGAACUACCCCCGGAGGAGGGGAUGGAGGUGGACUGUAAGCCGGAGGACCUGUCGAAGUGUUCGUACGAGGAGCGCUGCGUGGAGCUGGGGGAGGUGAAGGACAUGCGGCUGGAGGCCGAGGCGGUGGUCAACGACGUGCUCUUCGCGGUCACAGACAUGCACGUCUCUCACAGUCUCACCAGCGGACUGGACGUGGCCUACAUAAACGUGGAGACCAGAGGAAACCGAUACUGCUUAGAGCUCACCGAGGCAGGGCUAAGGGUGGUCGGACACGGCUUCGAUCAGGUGGAUGAGGACUUGAGCGCCCAGUAUCACGAGACUGUUUACUCACUGCUGGACUCUCUCAGCCCCGGAUACAGAGAAGCGUUCGGAAACGCUCUGCUGCAGAGACUGGAGAGGCUCAAACAAAACGGACAGUGAGGGCUCCGGGUGUCAUUCAGAAUAUCUUUGCUCGCUAAACAGCUCACCCGAGUCCUGCGCCGCUCUCAGCUUAAAGCAUCAGUGGUACCUUUUAGCCUGUGAUACGUUUUAACGGACCCUCUCGGUGUUCAUUUGACAAACUGACUUGCCUGUGAUGUUUUAAAGUAUUUUACCAUUAUUUGGAGAGGUAUCGUUGCUGUGGGCCCAGGUGGACACUCAAGUUUUUUUUAUCCAACAUUUUGCAAGUAAAAUAAGCCUCAGAAAUAGCGGAGUGCUGUUUGGAGCUUCAUACCGUACUUCCAUCGACUCUACAGCGUGGCUCUUUAAAAGUAUUAACAUUAAAACAUAUCGGAUGCCUUACUACUUUCAUUCAGAUUUGUAACGAUUCGGUUUGACCCCGGUAGCCGGUGUUUAGAAACCCCCCGAUACUUUCGGCACCUUCCCUUCCUUUUGUUCGCUGAAGACUUUCAUAUCAGACCCUUUUUGAAUGUGAAGAUGCAUCUGUCGCAGAAAGGAUCGAAAAGCCAAAACAUCUGCUUCCGAGCCCCAAAAAGUAUUUUUUUUAAGAAAAUGAUGUAAAGUGGUGCAUUUUAGCACUGAAACAGAAGCUUUCUACUUUUAUUUACAAAAGAGCUGAGCAGUAUCCCCCCCCAGCAUGUUUGUGGGAAUGUCAACGCUCGCAUUUCUGUUUUAAAGACGUUCAUUACGGUUAAUUAAUUAUGGUUAGCAGCAAGCAUAUCAUGUAAUAUGUGUCGUACAAUAUCGGUGUUUUUAAAAUACGGUUUUAAAUCAUUUUUAUUGUUUUUCCCAAGAAGAAAGAUUUACUGUUGUGUAGAUUUCUUGAUUGACUGGUCAAAACUAAACGCUCCGUCUUGCACAAAAUUGCACUAAAGAAGUAAAAGCUGACUUUUUUCGAAAGGGCAGCGUAAAAAAUAUGCUACGAAGUUACAUUCCAUUUCAUUUCGGUUUAAAACAGAAGGAAGAGAUUAGUUUAAACAAACAUGCGGGAAGUUGUGGUAAUGAUGGGUUUCUACCUCACGUCGGGUUUUUAUUUUGACCCGUUCAGCAUGCCUGUGAAAUCGAUGUGCGUUUCCUAGGCAGGCGAUAACAGUAUGCUCUGUUGUGAUGAUGGGGUCAGCGAACAGAAUUGGUCUUCUGCUUUUAGCAAAUUCCUGGGAAACAAAUCACUCAAUACCUGGCCCAAACAGACCUCCUAAUAAUUUACAGAAUGUUUGCUUAGAUAACACAGAUGGAAAAAACGACUAAGAGAGCGUUUGGGUGACGUACAUGGCACAAAUAACUUCUGUACCCGAGGGAAUGUUGCUUGCUUUUGUUUCCUUGUAAUAAAAAAAAAAAAAGCACAUUCAAA